AAGGCGUGUCUGGUGAUGCGAGUGUGUUUGUGUCUAUGUACAUGUUUCUGUGGUGGUGAUACAAUAUUGACAAAACAUGGCGCGUUGCUUGGUAACGGGGGAUACAUAUAUGCAGCGUCACCUCACCUGCGCGACAGUCAUACUGAGCAUCAGGCCCGGACACUGCUAACAUCAGAAUUCAAGCCAAAGAGACAAGACAAGACUGAAAAGAUGAAGCAGUUUAUCCUGACAGCGUUCUUCUUCCUUGCUAUUUGUAGAUCAGGCUUUGCCCAAACAACUGCUGCUGCGUCCACCGCGGCCGCCAGCACCGCAGCUGCCAGCACCGCAGCUGCCGGAUCCACCGCAGCUGCUGGCUCCACUGCAGCUGCUGGCUCCACUGCAGCUGCUGGCUCCACUGCAGCUGCCUCAACCGCUGCAGCAGCCUCUGGUGCAACAAACGCAGCGACUACAGCAGGUGCAGCUGCGAGCACAGCUGCUGCUGGCACAGCAACCAAUGCCGCUGGCACAGCAACCAAUGCCGCCGGCACAGCCGCCGCCACCACCGCCGCACCCUCAACUGCCGCAACAACGGUCGCGCCCCUGUCGUGCCGCUCCUGUACCGGAAACAGCAGUGACACCUGCGGGACAGGAUCGGACACCACCACCACCAACUGUACCGGACAGUCAUCCUGCCAUGUGUUCCACAAGACAUACGAUAACGGCACUGUAGAGGUGACCCGCGGAUGUUACACCUUCGAGGGGACUACCUACGCCUGCACGUCUUCAUCCAACGGUUACGGCAGCGAGUACUGCCAGUCAGCGUCCGGCGGUUCUACCCUAUGCUAUCAAUGCUGCACAACCACAGGAUGCAAUACCCAGCAGUUGACAGGGGGCGUUCCUGCUACGCGGCAAAGUAUCACAGUUAUGAUCGCCGCUUGUCUGCUUGCACUCCUAGCUACUAUGUUGUAGAACAGAAAAAAAUUAUAUCUCUUAUCCUUAAAAUUUAUCCUUCAUGAAAUAUUUGCCUGUGAGCUGGUUCUCUUGAUAUUAUGUGAUAAUUGUCUGAGGAGUGCCAAAGGUACCUUACCUGUGUGUGAAAAUUGGCCGAGGGAUGCGUUGGUCUAAAAUUCUAAGAAAUAGUUUAAAGCCCACUUUUUGAAUACUCACCUCCCAAUUUCUUUAAUUUUGACUUUUUCUGGGGGCUGCCAUUGACUUUGCUGAUGGAAUAGUCCUAUCGCAAGAUGACAAAUUUUCGAUGCCGUCCAAUCUUUGCUACUGUGGAACAUCAGUUACAAGAUGGCACGGUUUGAACAAAACAACUUUAACGGCCAUUCCCUAUUGCUGAGGGGCUUCAGUCCCAACGAAGCAGGAAAUGACUUCACGAUGUGCCAUCGGCUGUUGUCAAUCACAUAUGUUUAAAGUCAGGGGUGUUUUGUAGGUAUUGUACCAUGUCUUUGCUGCUUAAUGUAUGUACAUAUACUUACGUACGUAUGUACAUUGUACUACAUAUCUAAGCAGAUACGCUGUACUGAUUUCUCUUAUACAUCGUACUACGAUAUUGAUCUAGUUCUUAUCCAACAAACAGUAGAAAAUGAGACUAGUACAGCACAUCUGCUUGGACAUUGAUAUACAAAUUGUGCUAUUUGGGCUGGUUACUGAAUAAGGUGCGGGUAUGUCUUUGUAUGUAAUAUUGUGUCACAUUGUUUCAAGGGCUAUGAAUGAUUUUCAGCAUAAACUAAGUAAGACUAUCAUGUUGUUGAAAGGGUGAUUGUACAUAUAAAUGUGUUUAGAAAGAAGUUAAGAUCCAAAAUCGAUGUUACACAGUGUGACGUAUACAACAGACGGUACAUGUUUGAUGUUCUAUGACUUCCUAAGUGGGAUCCAGUGACAGUGUGGGAUGAAAAACGUAGGGAAGCUGUGCUAACGCGAGGUUCCGCAAGGUAGCGCACGUGCACGGUCAACAUUGAAAACAGUAGAUUCGCCUGUAGAUAACACGUAUCUGUCAUAUACAUGGCAGAUCUUAACCUGGUUUAAAUCAUUCCAUCUUGUGAACAUUGUUAAUAUGUAGUAGAUCGUGAUGGUUAGUUUUCCAGGCAACGUGUGUCGACGUGACAAGGCACGUUGAAUUACCAGUAUACAUUCGUACAGUCAGCUAUGUCCAUGUUAAUGACACCUACACUCAAGGUUCCAAAAAACACUACGGGAUGAUGGAUAAGUGAUGUACAUGUACCGUCUAAAGAGUCAGUGCUGUCGGCACGGUAGUUGUAUGCAUCGACUGUGCUGUGUGUUUUAUACAAUAGUGUUUAUAAGUUUCAAAAUAAACUGUCUAUUUUACGUAU